AUGGACAGAUUAUCGGAGAUUCUGCGAAAGAAUGUAGCAAUCAAUCGAGCGAACGAAGACCUAAAAGCUUUUACCUCCGCCUCGCGAACGAACGAUGUAGCCCUUGCGACGACGAAAAAGCCCAAGAACAGCGGAGGAGGAGAAAUUAAGUCUCGAUUCUCAGGAAUCAUAUCUUUGAGGAAUCGAUCUCCGGGACAAGAUCUCUCCAAUGCUGCCCACAGCACUGAAUUUCAUCAUGGAUCGUCUGUCGAGAGGCGGGCCGAAAUAUCGCCCGACGACUAUGCGCAGCUCCUGGAUGCCUGCGCGGCGAGCAAGGAUCUCCACCAAGGUCUGCUGGUUCAUGCUCGCAUCUCCAACCUCGCGCUGGAUUCUAACGUGUUCCUUGGAAACAGGCUUGUGGUCAUGUAUCUCGCCUGUGGUCGCCCCGACGAGGCCCAGCGCUCCUUCUACAAAAUGCCCAACCGCGGCCCGGUUCCAUGGACCAGCAUGAUAGGCACUCUCGCUCGAGAAUUCCACUUCCACUCGGCUCUCUCGGUUUUUCACACCAUGCUGCUGGAAGGAGUCCCUCCGGAUAGUCCCACACUCGCGACGGUGAUCAGCGUUUGCGGGAAUCUGGAAGAUCGAGGCCGAGCCUCUCGCUUACUCCACUCCAUCGCCGUGGAGACUGGCAGGGACAGCGAGACCAUCGUUGGAACUGCUCUCGUCUCAAUGCAUCCGGAUUUUGGCCAUGCGCGGCAGGUUUUUGAGGGUGUUCUCGCCAAGGACGUGAGAACUUGGAAUGCGAUGAUGGACGUUUAUAUGCGGAGGUCUGACUACUCAGAAGUGCUGAGGCUCUUUCAGGAGAUGGACGUGGAGCCGGACAGGUCGAGCUUUGUCAAGGCUCUCAACGCUUGCAGUGGUCUCGGGGAUUUGGAACAGGGCCGGGUUCUUCACGAGCAGGCUAUCGAGAAAGGAUUCCAUGCAGACGUCCGGGUGGAAGCAGCAAUCUUUAGCCUCUACUCCAAGGGGCAGAAUCUGGACGUGCUGUUCAACUAUGCUCCUCACCACGACAGCGUUGUCUUGUGGACAAGAAGGAUGGCUGCGAGCACGAAGCAAGGACACAGUGCUACGACGAUGCAGUACUUCGGACUCAUGCAGCUGGAGGGAAUCAAGCCGGAUAGAGUGACUCUGCUGACGAUUGUUGACGCCUUGGAUCGCUCUUGUUUCCUCGCCGUGGGCAGGAUGGUCCAUUCUCACGCUCGAGAACUGGGACUCGGGGGCCUCGCCAGCCUCAUGAACGCUGUUAUGAACAUCCUACGUACAUCAUGCACACUACGAAGAAGCUAUCAACUUGUUCCAACAGAUGCAGCUCCAAGGUUUUCCACCGGACAAGAUUACGUUGCUAGCGAUGCUCAAGAGCUUGGCGACGAGGUAGAGCUAGCCGCUGCCAUCAUGGGAAUGUAUGGCAAGUGUGGAAACCUAGAAGCCUCAGCCACAGUAUUUAGCAGCAGCGCCUUCCAGCAAAGUCCGGCGACUUGGAACUCGAGGUUAGCAGCACUGAGUCAAGAGGGACAGUCGACAGAAGCUCUUGUUCUCUACAGCUGUAUGCUGCUCCAAGGUGUGAUGCCUGACAGAGUUACCUUCCUUGCUCUUCUCGACGUAGCAGCCACUUUAGAAGCUCGACCGGUUGUGGAGGGACUACACGGCCAUAUAAUCCAGCGUGGUUACGCUCGAGAUACGUUCGUAGCCACUGCACUGCUCGACACUUACAGCAAGUGCGGAAGGCUGGAGGAGGCACGUUGCGUAUUUGAAACACUCAGCCUUGGAGACCGCAACGUUGUUUGCUGGACUGCCAUGGUCUCCGCCUACGGGCAGCACGGUUUCUUUGGAGAAGCGCUGCUGUAUUUCCAACUCAUGCAGCUCCAGGGUGAAGCUCCAAACAAGGUGACAAUGGCUGCCGUGCUGACUGCUUGCUCGAAAGUGGAACUUGAAGCUGAUGAACUCAAGAGCGUGAUGCGGGUAUACCGGUGCUGCGUCGAACUUGGACAUGAUCGAGAGCUCGUGGUUGGAAAUGCCGCUCUGAGCGUCCAUGCCAAACUGGGAAACUUGAGGGAGGCCCGUGAGAUCUUCUCUAGGAUGUGGACACGCAACGUUGUCAGCUGGAACUCCAUCCUGUCGGCCUGUGCUCAAGUCGGAGAAAGCAGGGAAUGCCGGUGCCUGUUUCGACAUAUGCUGCUGGAGAGCGACUCCAGACCUGACAACUAUACCUUCAUCACCAUCCUCGGCGUUUGCAAGCAGAGCCGAGAGGAUCUAACUCAUGGAAGGCUUCUUCAUCAACUUGCCAGGGAGAGCAGCGGCAGCCUGGAUCUUAUCGUCGCGACAGCCUUGGUUCACAUGUACUCGGAAUGUGGAAGCCUCGAGGACGCGGCGACGACUUUCGGCACGAUACAGCAGCCUGAUGUGGUGUCUUGGAAUGCGAUGAUCUCGGCCCUGUCGCACUAUGGCGAGUUCCAGAGAGUUUUCGACUUGUUCCAGCGGAUGAAAGACUCCAAAGUUGCUCCCGACAGCCUCACAUUCGUUGCGGUCCUGAAUGCAUGCACCGCCAACUCGGAGCUCGAGCUUGGCCAACGUGUUUUCUCCGAGGCAGUCCGGGCAGGAUUUGGAGCAGAAGUCGCAGCAGCUGGCAUCAACCUGUUUGGAAAGUGUGGAAAGCUGGAAGCCGCAGUGGAAACGUUCCUGACGCUAGUGCCACACGAGAAAAGCUUGCUGGCUUGGAACGGACUGGCCACGGCGUUGGCUCACGGCGCAAGGCCGAGCGAAGUGAUCCGAGUGCUCGAGUGCAUGCGGCUAUCGGGCAUUGAUCCGGACUUGGUGACUUUCGUGAGCGUUCUCUCCACACUGAGUCAUGCCGGAUUCGUGGAGGCCUGCUGCUACCAGUUGAGCUCCAUGAGCACGGAUCACGGCCUUACUCCAUCGGCUACUCACUACUGCUGCGUGAUCGACGUGCUCGGCCGGGCUGGAUUGCUGGACGAGGCCGAGGAGAUGGUGGCCGUCAAACUUAGAAACAGGAGGCAGGAGCUUUCAUCAUCCCGAAGUAGCGGUGGCAGUGGUGAUGACCCUCUCGUCGUUCUCUGGACGAGCUUCCUAGCCGCGUGCGGGAUCCAUGGAGACUCGGAGCGUGGGAAGCGAGCAGUGGAGAGAAUUCUCGCGCGCCAGCCUGAGGAUGCUGCAACGUACGUAGUCUUGUCCAACAUUGCUUCUCUGGGAGGAACGUAACUUGCUUGUGUCCUAAAGAGUAACACUGGAAGUCAGACAUAGUAACUUGUUCUCGAAACUUUUACCUGUGGAUCUAUAUGAUCCACCGCUGCCUCCAUAUCUCCCUGCGCUUCCGAAAUGUCAGCCCAAAGUUUUAAUCAGUUGACAUGAAUGAAUCCACUUACUGGUGA